AUCCAAAAAGAGUCCUAAGCUUGAUGAACAAGACCGCCAUGAAAUACCUCAUUCAGUUGGUAUAUAGUGAGCUACGUUGUGUUUGAUCAUGGUUGGUAAUCGAAGGGAAUCGCUUUGAGUUCCGCGAGUACGGCUCUUGGCCCUGAAUUGUCUCUGCGAACACCAACAAAUUCGAUCUUCUCUAUCUCUAUCGCAGAACUAGAAAUGGUCUAUACAGGCCCCUCUCGUGCCUGUGCAAGAUGCAGACAAAUGAAAAAGAAGUGUGACCAGAUGCGACCACAAUGCACAAGAUGCAUCGAGGCCCGGAUCGAAUGUUAUGGCUAUCGGGACGAGUUUGAUAUCCUAUAUCGUGACGAGAGAGCAAAGGCUAGAGCUCGAACGAUCGCUCCAAAGAUGGGCGAAGCGUCCAGCAGAGCGGCUCUUCCAUUGAUCAAGAGGGAACCUGCUCCAACUUCUGUAUCAUCGGCAGUAGACUUAUCUUUAACCUCAGUGAAAGCACAAGAUAUGAUACCAUUCUUCCAGCAGUUCUCCGACCCUGCAAAGUCUUGCGGUUGGCCAGGCUGGCUGUCCAAAGUGCCAGAACAAUAUGCUGCUGCACCAGAAAAUGCAUGCUUCAAACCUGCCCUCCUCGCAGCAUCUUUUGCUAUUUUGGCCAAAAAGCAAGACGACGUAUCGUACCAAAAUACUGCCAGAGCGUUUUAUGUCUCUGCAUUAGAAGCCAUAUCCCAGGCGCUGAAUGAAAAUCGGUAUGACGACUCGACAAUGCUCGCAAUUUCGUUGCUCGAUACUUUCCAGUUCAUCAUGGAAGAAAGUGUUGGCACACAUGGACAACAUAUCGCGGGAUUGAAAGCUGUUCUUGCUCUCCGUCAAAGUGGGGCAGACGAUAAAGAGGAGUGUGCCAAAGUGAAGGCAGAGUCCGACGGUAAACUUGGUCAUUCGAUCUUCGCCUUCAUGCCGCAGAUCCAAACGCUGCUGCAUGAGAUUCGCACACACCAAACCCCUUCCGAAGGUUCUGUCGAGUGGGUGACAAACCUAAGCCAGGAGUUUGGAGGCGCUCGUUCAGCAACAGCCUUGUUGCAAUUUGGCAAGAUUUCAGCACAGUCACACCAGCUUUGUAAAGUGGUUCGUCGCGAUCUGGUAGAAGGUCGAAUCGACUUCGAGGCACACCUGGAUAGCACCGAGCUAAUGUCCCUGGUCCAAAUAUCAGAAUUGGUCGACCAAACCAAUCAGAACUGGAGUGAGAAUGGGAAUUCCAAAUGGGAAAUCACUAGAAGACCUAACGGCUUUGGUCUCAAUGCUGGUGGGUUCCCAUUGAUCUUUCUGGAUUCCUACCACGAUCUAUGGACUGCUUGUGUGUGGAACGUGAACAGAGCGGCUAGAAUUGUCUUGAUGGACACCAUCAUCGAGAGUGCCGAGCUACUUGCAGCGUUCAAUACGGAUCCAAAGCAGGUCGAAUCUUUGGUAUCGUCGGCUUUGAAAGCACGAGGAAUCAUAGCAAGUAUGCUCGAAAACAUCCAAUGCAGCAUACCAUUCAUCACUGGCCAAAUCGAUUCGGCUGGAAGGCUCACGGUUGGUGUGGAUGCCACAGCACUCAGCGGACUAUGCAUGUUGUGGCCACUGAAUGUGAUACACUCUUGCAAGUCUAUCAGCCUAGUAGACCGCCAAUGGGCCAGAGAUAUGCUCCUGGAUCUAGGGAGGCGUACAGGUAUAAGGAGGGCUUGGGCGCUGGCAAGUCGUAAGAUCGAGGUUGACGAGAAUACAGUUGCGUCUAGGCGAUUUGUUCAGUGAUUGAAAAAUCAUAGUCAUGUAUGAUAUACCGGAGUUGAUGGAGUUUGAAGAGCAAGGUCGGGCAUGAACUGAAGAUAUCCAAAGGAGGCGUUUGAAUGAGAAUAUUAUCCAUAAAACGUCUCUUUCCAUAUGUCUCGUAAAGACAUGACCUUGGUUGAUUGUAGUCCAAUAUUUCCCAGGGCUGACGCUUGUGCUGAGGUAUGUCUGGCGCCGAUUCCGAGGUCUGAAGCAUCUCGGGGACAAUUAGAAUGAUCGGAAGUGAUUUACGAAGAUCUGUAGUGUCCUUCCUAAGAGCUUCCCACAUAGUUCAACUUUCGAAAGGUCCGGGUUUGACU